AGGGAUUGUAGGUGAAGAGCCCUCUCUUUCACCCCUUUCACCGACACUGUUAUCUGCAAACUUUAAGCUUGCUGAGUGUUCAAUCGGUAUUCUAAUAGAAUGGACAAAAGUUGGAUAAAUAAGUUAAGAUCUAGUACUGAAUAUUUGGAUGGAGUUCAGAAUUUCAUUAAGUUUGCUUUUGAGAAAUCUAAUAUGAACGGGAAGAUUUUAUGUCCAUGUCAAAAAUGUGUAAACGGUUCUGCUCUUGAUCCAAAAAUUGUUGAAGAACAUUUGGUAUGGAAUGGUUUUCUAAAGGGUUAUACUGAAUGGGUACUCCAUGGAGAGUUCAUACCUUCAUGUAACCAACCCUCCGAUCUAGAAGACACCUUCAAUUUUGGAUGUAGUGACACGGAACAAAAUUCUGUAGAAGAAGAUGAUAUAAGGGGCCUACUUAGAGAUGCUCUUGGACAUAAUAUCAGAACUGUAGGAGAAGAUGAGCGUGCAGUUAUUGAUCAGUCCAUGCAUGUUGAGGAAUCUAUACAUGCUGAUGACACAGCUCAUUAUGAUAACUUGGUGAAAGAUUGUGAUCAAGAACUGUAUCCGGGUUGUAAGAAUUUUACGAAGAUUUCUUUUCUUCUGCAUUUAUUACAUUUGAAAUAUUUGAAUGGGUGGUCCAGCAAGUCUUUUACCAUGCUUCUUCAAUUAUUAAAGGAUGCAUUUCCGGAAGGUGUUACUCUGCCAUCAUCUUCAUACGAAGCCAAAAAACUGAUAAAAGAGUUGGACCUUGGAUAUGAGAAGAUACACAGUUGUCCGAAUGACUGCAUUUUAUAUCGUGGUGAAAAUAGGAACCAAGAGUCGUGCCGAAUAUGUGGAACCCCACGAUGGGGAAAACAUAAAGAUGACGAGAAUGAUUCGUUGACUGAAGUGGAUGCUGCACCGACUAAGAAAAAACCGGCUAAAAUUUUGAGGUAUUUUCCUCUUAUACCAAGAUUGAAAAGGAUGUUUGCAUCACCGAAGACGGCUUCCUCGAUGAGAUGGCAUGACGAAGGCCGUACAAAGGAUGGAAUGUUACGACACCCAGCGGAUAGUUCCGUAUGGAAAGCAGUUGAUGAUAGGCAUCCCGAAUUUGCUUCUGAUGCUCGCAGUGUCAGACUGGGUUUGGCUACUGAUGGCUCUUAUAUGGACUAUUAA